AUGGAGCGAUGUUUUGAGAGUAUAAAUGAGGGGCUCCAUCAAGCCCUGCUCCUGCUGCUCCUGGCCGCCAGCACCCUGCCUGCCAGGGGCUCUCCCUCCCAGCCCGCCUGCCUCCACUUCUCCGAGCUCCUGCCUGCAAAGCUCAAAGAGCUGAGGAGCAAAUUUGAGGAAAUUAAGGACUAUUUUCAAUCCAAGGACGACGAGCUCAGCGUGCAGCUGCUCAGCUCCGAACUGCUGGAUGAAUUCAAGGGCACCUUCGGCUGCCAGUCGGUGUCGGAGAUGAUGAGGUUCUACAUGGAGGAGGUCCUGCCCAGCGCCAUGAGGAGCAGCAAGCACCACCAGCAGAGCAUGGGUGACCUGGGCAACCUGCUGCUCAGCCUGAAGAUGACAAUGAGACGCUGUCACAGAUUCUUCACGUGUGAGAAGGGGAGCAGAACCAUAAAGCACAUCAAGGAGACGUUUGAUAAGAUGGACGAGAAUGGCAUCUACAAGGCCAUGGGGGAGUUUGACAUUUUCAUCGACUACAUCGAGGAGUAUUUGCUGAUGAAGAGGAAGAAGUGA